UGUUAUGCCACAAUCUUUGCAUUUUUUUUUAUUUGUAAAGGUUAUUUUUGAUUUAACUACAAAGAGCUAGCCAGCAACUCAUUUGUGCCUUCUCCAUAGAACCCAAAACCUAAAAGCAAAAGGUCAAAGUUGAAUCGUGGGAUACCAGCGCGCCAAAUCAAAACACUGCAUAACUCUGUACAUACGUUGGUGAGUGUUACCUACCCAGACAGAAUCGUUUAUUGAAUCAGCUGAAGGGGUAGCUGGACGUUUUAGCCAGACGUUUUACCUUCCACGUUUCACUUGAGGGGCUUAAUUAGGAAACGGACACGGGAAAUGGAUCUCGGUGACUUUGAAGCUAACAAUUCGGUCAGCUGCCGUCUGUCCUCCGCCAUUCCGGACGUGUGCAAGACCGAAGACUGCUGCCUGGGGAUCGACGAGGCAGGCAGAGGUCCCGUACUAGGACCCAUGGUUUACGGAAUAUGCUACUGCCCAGUCUCCAGGAAGGAUGAUCUGAAGGACCUGAAAGUGGCAGAUUCAAAGACCCUGACGGAGGCAGAGAGGGAGAAUCUGUUCCACAAACUGGAUGAGGCUAAGAGUUUUGUGGGCUGGGCCUUACAGAUCCUUUCCCCCAACACCAUCUCCAACAGUAUGCUCCAGAGGGCAAAGUACAACCUGAAUGCACUGUCCCACGAUGCUGCCAUUGGGUUGGUGCAGUAUGCGCUGGACUCUGGCGUGCAGCUCAAAGAGGUCUAUGUGGACACAGUUGGCCCGGCAGAGAAGUACCAGGAGAAGCUGUCUCAGAGGUUCCCAGGGGUGGAGGUCACAGUGCGCCCCAAAGCUGACUCCCUCUUCCCCAUUGUCAGUGCUGCCAGCAUCUGUGCCAAGGUUGCCAGGGAUCAUGCGGUGAAGUCCUGGAAGUUUGUGGAAGACCUGGGUGACGUGGACAGUGAUUAUGGCUCAGGGUACCCCAACGAUCCAAAGACCAAGAGCUGGCUGCUGAAGUACCUGGACCCUGUAUUUGGCUACCCGCAGUUUGUGAGGUUCAGCUGGAGCACCGCUCAGUCCCUGCUGGACAGCAAAGCCGUGCCGGUGCACUGGGACGACGACGAGGAAGACGGCGAGAAGGCGGCCGCGCGGAUGAACUGCGCCUCCAUGCUGUCUUACUUCAGCCGGGGCAAGGCCCAGAGCGCCGCCCGCGAGCCCCACCGCUUCUUCACCGAGAGGAGGCUGCAGAACCUGGGCACGCUGUGAGAGAGAGAGAGAGAGAACGGCUCAUCCA